CACACUUUAUUAAUCUCAAUAAUAUUUUUCAUAACAUAUACAGUACGGAGUAUUUAACAAUAUUGCGGAAGCGAAUUUAAUAUUGACAUAUCAUAAAUCAUUUCAAAACUUGUCACAUCCAUCCCGACAAUCUCGCCCCANCUCAUGAUUUAUUUCAACAAAUCGUUUCAAUAUUUACAUUCUAAACAAAUUCUUUAUUUACUCUUGUUUUGGGUCUCCGAAGAUUAUCAGCCCACUCUCAACUUUCAGCACUGCAGCACACUCAAAUCUCCCUCUCCACCAUAUACCCAAAACCCUUCGGUUUCCUCGCAAGGAAUUCUAUAUUGGUUGAAUUAAUCAUACUCCGUGUUUCCAUCCAGUCUUUGCCAAGAUAAUUUUCCAAUUCCUCCCAUUCCCGCAGCUAUUCUCGCUCCACCGGAGAUUUCUCCCGGACAAUUGGGAUACGGCGGUUCUGCCGCCUCACAGUGUAACAGUCGGUUAUGGGGUGUCCCCUGUCAAGGAAUAUUGUAGCCGAGCUCAGAGUUUCCGGCUAUUCCCCAUCGGGUUAAUUAGGUCCGCCAAGACAAAACGAAGGUCUUGUGAGAUAAAAUGGAUUUUCGAAAGGGCAUUCCACCUUGUGAUUCCCCUGCUGGGAAUAUGAAAUCAUUGGUGUUCUCCAGUAAGGCAAAAGAGAAAUCUCAUUCUUUGGAACUAACUGAGGCUGGUAUUGAUAUUGACAUGGGAGAGGUCUAUUUUUUAAUUAUGCAUUUCCUAUCAAUGGGACCUUGCCACAAAACUUAUGGACAGUUUUGGAAUGAACUUCUGGAGAAUCAACUUUUACCCCGAAGAUAUCAUUCAUGGUAUUCAAGGAGUGGGAAACAAAGCGGGGAUGAAAAUGAUGAUGGCAUGUCUUUUCCAUUAAGUUACAGUAAGCUUGUGGAAAGGUAUCCACAUGUUGAAAAGGAUCACUUAGUGAAGCUUUUGAAGCAACUGCUGUUGAGUGCAUCAGUUCCUUCAUGUGAUGCAAUUGGUGGAAACACUAUAAAUGCUGCAACUGUUCCAACCCUCUUAGGAACUAAUUCCUUUUCACUGCUGAGUAGUGAUCAGAAUAAGAGGGACGAUGAUGUGGUACACCCUCCAACUCACCUUCGUUGGCCACACAUGCAAGCAGAUCAAGUGCGUGGACUAAGUUUGAGAGAGAUUGGUGGUGGCUUUGCUAGGCAUCACCGUGCACCAUCUAAUCGUGCUGCAUGUUAUGCCAUUGCAAAACCAUCUACAAUGGUGCAGAAGAUGGAAAAUAUUAAGAAAGUCAGAGGGCAUCGCAAUGCUGUUUAUUGUGCUAUAUUUGAUCGGUCUGGGAGAUUUGUCAUCACUGGUUCAGAUGAUCGUCUUGUCAAAAUAUGGUCGAUGGAAACUGCAUAUUGCUUAGCCAGCUGCCGAGGGCAUGAAGGUGAUAUUACAGAUCUGGCUGUCAACUUCAACAACACUUUGGUGGCAUCUGCUUCAAAUGACUAUAUCAUCCGAGUUUGGCGCUUACCUGAUGGGUUGCCAAUUUCUGUAUUGCGUGGGCAUUCAGCUGCAGUGACUGCUAUUGCAUUUAGUCCAAGACAUGGUUCUGUUUAUCAGCUCCUAUCGUCAUCUGAUGAUGGAACAUGCCGAAUUUGGGAUGCUAGGCAUUCCCAAUAUAGCCCACGGCUGUAUGUUCCAAAACCACCAGAAUUAGUUUCCGGAUCAAGCACUCUUGUACAAAGCCACCAGAUCUUCUGCUGUGCAUUCAAUGCUAGUGGAACCUUUUUUGUUACCGGCAGUUCAGACUCUCUUGCACGGGUUUGGAAUGCUUGUAAACCCAAUGCAGAUGACUUAGAAAAGCCUAAUUAUGAGACAGAUGUUUUAGCUGGGCAUGAAAAUGAUGUAAAUUAUGUGCAAUUCAGUGGCGCUUGUGUGACAUCGAAGUAUUUUCUCUCGGAUUCUUCAAAGGAAGAAACUAUUCCAAAAUUCAAAAACUCAUGGUUUACUCAUGACAACAUUGUCACAUGCUCUCGUGAUGGCAGUGCAAUUAUAUGGAUACCCCGACCGCGUAGAUCGCAUGGAAAGAGUGGACGCUGGCAGAAAGCAUAUCAUCUGAAAGUCCCACCACCACCAAUGCUGCCACAGCCUCCUCGAGGAGGUCCACGCCAAAGAACACUUCCAACUCCUCGCGGGGUUAACAUGAUUGUGUGGAGCCUGGAUAACCGUUUUGUUCUGGCUGCUAUAAUGGACUGCAGAAUAUGUGUCUGGAAUGCAGUUGAUGGAAGCUUAGUCCAUUCUUUGACGGGUCAUACUGCAUCUGCCUAUGUUCUAGAUGUUCAUCCUUUCAAUCCUCGAAUCGCAAUGAGUGCUGGAUAUGAUGGGAAAACUAUUGUGUGGGAUAUUUGGGAAGGUGCACCCAUUCGGAGCUACGAAAUGGGAAGAUUCAAGCUUGUUGAUGGGAAGUUUUCCCCUGAUGGGACAUCAAUUAUACUUUCUGAUGAUGUUGGUCAAUUAUAUAUUUUGAGCACGGGUGAAGGAGAAUCCCAGAAAGAUGCCAAAUAUGACCAGUUCUUCCUUGGUGAUUAUCGCCCACUUGUUCAAGAUGCCAUUGGAAAUGUCCUAGAUCAGGAAACUCAACUUUCUCCAUAUCGGAGGAACAUGCAAGAUCUCCUCUGUGAUUCAGUCAUGAUCCCAUAUCCUGAUCCUUAUCAGAGCAUGUACCAAAAGAGGAGGUUAGGAGCCAUGGGUAUUGAAUGGCGCCCACCAUCUUUCAGAUUUGCAGUCGGUCCUGAUUUUUGCCUAGACCCAGAUUUCCAAAUGCUUCCCAUCGCGGACUUAGAAAUGAUGAUUGAACCACUCCCUGGGAUUGUGGAGGCAAUGGAUUGGGAGCCUGUAGUUGAGAAUAUAAGUGAGGAUGCAGAUUCAGAGUAUAAUAUUACUGAGGACUGCUUUACUUCUGGAGGGGAGCAAAGGAGUUCUAGUUCCAAUGCUUCAGAUGACUCGGCAAGCAGUGAAGGAAACAGUGAGGAAGAUGCCCAGCGAGACAUCCUUCGUAGAUCAAAACGGAAAAAACACAAAGGGGAAGUUGAGAUCAUGACUUCUUUUGGAAGGCGUGUGAAGAGGAAGAACUUGGAUGACUAUGAUGGCAGUUCGCAUAGGAACAACAACCAUGUCAGAAAAUCAAGAAAUGGCCGGAAAACUUCAAAGAAGUCUUCAAAAUCUUCUAGGAGACCAAGGAGAGCUGCAGCACGUAAUGCCCUACAUUUGUUUUCUCGAAUUACAGGGGCAUCCGUGGAUGAUGGAGAAGAUGAAGACUUUUCUGAAGACGGUUCAUCAGAAAGUAAGUCUACAUUACAGGACUCGCACACCGAAAGUGAUGAGUCGGAUGUAUCCUUGCACGAUGAACAUUAUCACAUGCAUUCAAAGGGGAAAGAAAUAUGUGUGGAUCAGUCUGAGGAUAUAGGUAAAUAUCAACUGAAUGAUGGAUUCAGAAAGAGAUUGGUUCUCAGGUUGCCAAACCGUGACUCAAGUAGGAUUGCACCCACUCAAAGUGCCAUGUUAGAGCCAGGUGGUCCAUCAUUUACAAGUGUUCAAGAGGCCAACAAUGCAACUGACUGUAAAAUGCAGGCUAACUUACCCAGAGUUACAGAUAAUGAUGUAACAGGAAAAAGUGAGACGGGGCCACCAGUGUGGUCACAUCAUUCAUAUCUCCUUGAUGGAUGUGAUGGUGGGACCAUGAGAUGGGGAGGAGUUAGAUCUCGUACAUACAAACAUUCAAGGACAGGAGAUCUGCCACCAUCUGGUUCAUAUGCUGGAGCGAGCUCAAAUCUCAGUGGACGUGCUCCGGAAGAAAAUCUAAUUAAUGAGAAUUCCACAAUGGAAAAAGAGAGUGAAAGUAUUUUUCCUUUGCUUCAAACUGGGAUACCUGAAAUUGCUGAAGGGCAUGCAGAAGAGUGCAAGACUUCGGAAGAAUUGCCAAUAUGCUCUCAUGAAUUGGCUGAUGAUGAGACAGUGCCUUCUCCAUAUGCUAAUAAUGGUACUGGCGAUCAUCAUUCAGUCAAUGAAAGAGUUCCAGUCACACCAACUAGGUUGAAGAUAAGGUCAAAGCCUCAUGUCUCUUAUGGCCUUGGAGUUGAUAAUAAAAUGGGUGAAGACUCUGCAUUAGAUAAUUGUAGGCCGAGUACAUCUGGUGUCUCUGAAGAGAGCGGGAAGAUUUUAAGUUCAGCCGUACCGUGUAAUGAUAAACGGGUGGGGCUGGACAAUUAUUGCGGAGCUACUAGAAAUGCUAUUCUGGAGGAUUCAAAGCAGUUGCAAUCAGAGGAUAGGAUGUUCAGUGCUGUCUAUAGGAGGUCAAGAUUUGGCAGGGGUAAUAGAGGUAGUAACCUUGGAUGUACUGUUGGAAGCAUGGAAGCCAGUACAUCAACGUCACACAAUCUCACUCCUGCUGAAGGGAGCGAUAAUAAUAAUAAUAAUAAUAAUAAUAAUAAUAAUAAUAAUAAUAAUAAUAAUAAUAAUAAUAUAGGUGAUGGGGUCCGCAGAGCAAGAUCUAACAGACCAAGGUCUUCAAACGGUGUUAUAAAUCUGAGAUUUAGGAAACCCCACGAUUACUCAUUACCCCCAUCAACAGGUUCAGGUAAUUUUAGAGCUGAUGAUGAAAGACUUGAUGAAUUGCAGUGCAAUAAUUCAAAAGCUGUUGUUGGAAUGAGAUCUACGAGGAUAAGGAGAAGCAGUUUUUACUUCCGUGAAUCUAUUCUGACCCACACCCCUACAGGCCAUGAGGAGUACAUAAAUGAAUGUGACCUGAGAGAUUCGGGCCCUUGGGAAACAAUCACUGGCAGUAUAAGUGCGGUUGAAUUUUGCAGGGUUGAUGAACUUGUGUAUGCCUCCCGUCCAGGUUCAGGAGAAAGUUGCUCUAAAAUGAAACUUAAAUUUAUUGAUCCUAAAUCAGGGGUGGCAGGCAAAGUGUUUCAGUUAACACUACCUGAAGUGACUGGUUUCCCUGACUUUCUUGUCGAGAGAAGUAAAUAUGAUGUGGCUAUAGAGAGGAACUGGACUUCAAGGGACAAAUGUCGUGUCUGGUGGAAAAACGAGGGUGAAGAGGAUGGCAAUUGGUGGGAAGGUAGAAUUGUUAACGUCCAACCUAAAUCCAUUGAGUAUCCGGAUAGUCCCUGGGAAAGGUACAUUGUCAGAUACAAGAAGGGGGAUCCCUCAGAACAACACCGGCAUAGUCCUUGGGAACUGUUUGACUCUGAUACUGAGCGGAAACAGCCUCAGAUAGAUGAGAAAAUCAGAACCAGGCUGCUGGAUGCCAUGGACAAACUGGAACGAUCUGGAAACAAAGUUCAGGACUAUUAUGGGGUACAGAAAUUGAAACAAGUUUCACACAGGUCAAUAUUCAUUAACAGGUUUCCGGUGCCAUUGUCUCUCGACAUUAUCCACUCCCGACUGAAGAACAACUACUACCGACGGGUAGAGGCAGUGAAACAUGACAUAGAGGUGAUGCUGUCAAAUGCCGAAUCUUACUUUGGAAGAAGUGUCGAACUCUGCAAGAAAAUCAAACAACUCUCUAACUUCCUCCAUAAAACACUCUCAUCUUUGUAGCCUGCCCUUCCGCCGCCGCCGCCUUGUGGAUACCAGUACAAUUUUGUAGGAAAGCCUAUACUAGCAAGAUCUCUUGUCUUGUUCAUCAUAUAAACUUGAGAGCAAAGAAAAAAAAGGAAAAGUAGGAGGGAAGGAAAGAUAAAAGAAUUUGUCUCUUUCUUCUUUUACUAGGGUUAGCAGAUUUUUCUAACCUUUCAGAUGGUUUGUUUCUGGAUUUGAAGAUGCACAGAUUUGGGGGG